AAACUCCCACUUGCCAGUCUCUAUCCUACCAUACUCCAAAACUCCAACUCAGAGCAGAAUUUAGAUUUUAUUAGGCCAUUUCUUUACUCUCUUCUCUGCAUCUUCUCUGAAAUGGCCGCUGCUACAGCUGGGCAAGGCAUCAAUAAUGCAAGUUUCAUGGAGCUUCAAGCCAUGAAACACUACUCAAGCUCAAAACUUCCCACUUUUGGAAGGCGGUCCGCUAAUAUGUCCAUUAAAAGAUAUGUCUUUUCAUCGUGUUCAUUAUCAAUGAACGGUUGCCAAGGUGAUGAUCAUGACCCAAGAGCUCCCAUUGGAACCAUUGAAACUCGGACUUUUCCCGCUGUUUCUACUCCGGCAUUGGCCGUAGAAAGUCUCAACGCAGCCAUUGCUGAUAUGCAAUCACAGCCUUCAGCUUCUGACUCCGGAAUCAUCCGUCUUGAGUUAUCCUAUAGAAAAGCCGCCUAUGAUAUUAAAUCACAUGCGUUGGUACCUCAUGAUUUAAAGUAA